CAGCGGUCCGAGUUCCGUCUUGUUCCGAUGGGAAGCCACUUCCGGCACCGUCGACGCUGGCGCAGGAGGCCCCCGGGCCUUUCACUUCGCACACGAGGCGUUUCUCUUCGGAAAACGGACUCUGAGCCGGAAGAGAAUGGCGACGGCCGCUCUGAAGAGAUUUUGGUCCCGAAACCGUGAAGAAUCUGGUGGCCCGGCGGCCGCGAAGCCGGGCGUGUGGGCGCGGCUGGGCUCCUGGGCCCGCGUGCUGCUCCGAGACUACGCCGAGGCUUGCGGGGACGCGGCGGCGGCGGCGCGGGCCCGGCCCUGGCGGGCGGCCGUGUACGCGGGGCUGCUGGGGGGCGCGGCGGCCUGCUGCGCGCUGGCGCCCAGCGAGGCGGCCUUCGAGGAGGCGCUGCUCGACGCGUCGGGCAUCCUCCUGCUGCUGGCCCCCGCCACGCGCAACCGCGCCUCCGAGGACUACGUGCAGCGGCUGCUCUGGCUGCGGGGGCGCGGCCGCCUCCGCCACGUGAACCUGGGCCUCUGCGCGCUCGUGUACGAGGCGCCCGUCGACGCCCAGGCCAGCCUCUACCAGGCUCGCUGCCGCUACCUGCAGCCCCGUUGGGCCGACUUCCCGGACCGGAUCCUGGACGUGGGCUUCGUGGGCCGCUGGUGGGUGCUGGCCGCCCGGAUGCGCGACUGCGACAUCAACGACGAGGAGUUCCAGCACCUGCCGGCCCAUCUGCGCGUCGUCGGACCCCAUCAGCUGCAUUCUGAGACGAACGAGCGCCUCUUCGACGAGAAGUACAAGCCCGUCGUGCUCACAGACGAUCAGGUCGACCAGGCGCUGUGGGAAGAGCAGGUGUUGCAGAAGGAGAAGAAGGACAAACUCGCCCUGAGCCAGGCCGACUCCCUGGUGCGGUCGGAGGUCCCCAGAUGAAACCCAGGCCUGGAUCCAGAAGGGCGCGGAGCGCUGGCUGACCGUCCACCGGGAUGGCAUCCGCUGUGUUUUAGCCUCAGAUCCAGAGUGACUUAAAUAAAUUAUGUGCACAGUGUUCUUUACCUGGGUUUUCACAACCUUUCUGGCCUCUCUCCCGCUCAUCUGGUUCCUUGUUAGCUGAAGCUGAUUCAGAGUUAGCUUGGUCUAGGCCUAACCUCGGGUCAAGGAGUUGGGGGAGAGCAAAGCGACAAGACCAGGUAAUGUUUAUCACUGCCAGAGUUAAUAAUAAUGAGCCGUUUACAUAUAUAUAAGCCUUUUUUACUGAGCUUCCCAGUCCAUCCACCGAGGUACCACAUUUAUCAGGUGACUCCAAAGCUCUCCUAAUACCAUUCAGAUUUUCACUUUAUUUUUAUUUUUUUUUAAAAAGUUUAUUCAUGAGAGAGAGAGGCAGAGGCUCCCUGUGGUGAACCGGAUGCAAGAUUCGAUUACAGAACCCCAAGAUCACCACCUGAGCCAAAGGCAGACACUCAACCACUGAGCCAUCCAGGUGCCCCCAGAUUUUCACUUUAAAUUUGGAAUUGCAAUGUUUAUCUUCUUUCAUUUUCAUGAGUAGCAUUUUUAAUUAUUUCAAAAUAAAGUUAAAAAGCAGUUUCAGAAGAAAGUGGAAAAAUAACCCAAAGACAUUCUAUGUAUCCUUCACCCAGUUUACCCCAAAUGGUAAUGUUUUACAAUAAACUAUAGCAAAGUAGGAGAUUGCCAGUGGUAUGACUAUAGAUUUCACAGGGAAUCUUUCUGCAAAAACCUUUCCCCCCCACAUAUGACAGUGAUAUCAAACCGAUUUGGAAGGAUAAAGCUUUUUUUAAAUCUGGAAUUAACUAUGGAAUCACAGUUUAUUAUUUCAGUCACCCUGGAAACCCAGAAUACUAUUGAAUGGAAUAGGUUAGUCUACAGAGCUGGUGUUUAGGUUGUGAUAACCCUACUUUAAAAAUGGAUAGAGGAAUGAGAUUACCUCCGUGAACCUAGGUGACCCAUGGCUGGCUCAGUGGGAAGAGCAAGACUGACUCUUGAUCUUGGGGUCAUGAGUUCAAGUUCCAUAUUGGGUAUAGAGAUUACUAAAAAGAAAAGUAAAAAAAAAAAACCCAUGAGAUGAAGUAACCAUCUUUACUGUGACAUUUGAGUUCAUGUAUUUUGUCAUUCAGUUUUGGUACUCAGGCUUUCCAUUGUGGGUAUGCUGGACACAUGGUGAUUUUUAUAUCCUUAUUUUUGGGACAGGGGAGCAUCUUGUAAGUCAACAUCUUCAUUACAAUGGAAAAAGUGAUGUUCAAAAAGCUGAUUUUUCCAAGGCUGUGGCAGAGCUAUGAUUCAAAUGGUAACUCCCAAGCAAAUGAGGUUUGCUUUAAUCCUCAAACUUGGGGUACUGUAUUGGAUCCUAACAACAUCUUGCCAGGAAUUAUUAAAUGCUGCUAUCAUUAGCCAUAAAUAAAACUUGAAUACUGAAAUAGUGAAUAUAGAAAUGAAAUGUAAUGGGAACAAAAACCAAAUGAUACUAAACUAUGGUCCUAUACUGUUACCUGCCAAAGGCUCUGGGCCUAAAUCCUGAUGUUUUUGUUCAAGACAGAUAUUAACUAACUUCAGGGAAAGCUUUAAGACACAUCAGCAUGAAAGUGAGACUUGUUCUUCACCGUGAUCAGAAGUAUUGAAAGAGAGCUGCACUUGCUCACUGCUUGUGUUGGUUAUUAAAUGCCUCUUCUAACAUUCA